AAUUUUCAAGGCAGUGAGACAAAAUUAAAAAACGUAUUUAUGCGAGUUUACAUAAACAAAUAUCCGUAAUAUGGGUGGAUGUGGAAGAUGGGAGUACUAUCAUCCUUGCUGCCCACACUCGUAUCUUACGUGGCACUGAGCCCUUGCCCUAGAUGCGGCACUGUUCGCCCAUUUUGGCGCCAAAACUACGUCUACUACAGACUGCAGCAUCAUCACCACUACCUUACGCGAUGAGGCAACGUCGCUGCAAGACAGACGCGUCA